AUGGCACUCCUUCCUGUUGUGAUAGUCAUCACGCUGGUGUAUACCGUUUAUGGUCAUUUCCCUCUGGAGCCGAUCCCACAUGACCCUUACUGCCACCUACCGGGCCAUCACCAUGAUCACCAUGAUCACGGUCAUCACCACAUGCCGCACCUGCCUAUCCAAGCUCAUGACCACGCCCCAAUCAUGACUCCACCUAUUCAAGUAGUACACCAGGCCCCGAUACAUCAGCAUUUCGGUGCGUAUUCAGCACCAGUUCAAACCUCAUACAGUGCGAUCGCAGCGCCACUUCCGCCAACAUCGUUAAGUAUAUAUUCAGCACUUCCAAACGUUGCCAAUACGUAUUCUGCAUCAAUUUCAGUUCCUUAUAGCACAUAUUCUACAACCCUUCCAGCUGCUGUUAGCACGUAUUCAGCACCACUUCCGGAUCUUACCAGUACGUUUUCUGCACCUUUUUCAGUUCAUGGUAAUACAUAUGAUACAACACUUCCGGCUCCUGUAAGUACUUACUCAUCGAUUCCGGUUCCUUUCAAUACAUUUUCGGGAACGCAGGUGGCUCCUAUUCAUACUUAUUCAGGACCACCUAUUUCUCCAAUCAAUGCCAUUUCAUACCCGACUAUUAACUCUGGAUCCUACCAUUUAAAUUCAAUUCCGCCGAUUUCCACAUACAGUUACCCACCCUACCCUGGAAUCAAUGUCGGUUUACCCUCGGUCGGUACGGGUUUGACGCAGGCAGUCGGGACAUCCGGGAUCCUUCAGCCUGGAAUCUCUUCUCUUGGUACUGGAAUUCUGCCUGGGAUUUCGACUGGAUCAUCUGGGAUCCUUCAGUCUGGACUCUCGUCCCUUGGUAAUGGGAUUUUUCCUGGGAUUUCGUCUGGAUCAUCUGGGAUCCUUCAGCCUGGACUCUCGUCCCUUGGUACUGGCAUUCUACCUGGGAUUUCGUCUGGAUCAAUGCAAUCUAUUGGAUCAGGAGGGAUUUUCCCAUCCCUUGCUACCGGAUCUGGAGGGAUUUUCCCAUCCUUUGCAACGGGAACUGGAGGGUUUUUCCCAUCACUUACUACCGGGGCUGGUAUAGGGGCAAUAUCGAAUGUUGCAGGUUCUGGUGUAGCUGCAGGGACGGUUGGUUCCGAAGGACUCCUGCCGUCUGGAAACCAAUUUCUUCAGUCGCUCAGUAAUUCUUUAUUUUAA